AUGGAACUGGCGGACUUGUUGCACCUGCGGAUGGUGGAAGCGCCGGCGCUGAAGAUGUUCACCCAGGACGAGCUCUUGGAGCUCAUGAACGAGAGGGACUUGGCCAAGCUCUUGAGCAUAACCCAAAACUUGUUGGAUAGAAAGAUGUUGAGAUUAGCCAAAGUUGGAGAUGAGUUGCGCUUUCAGGCGAUUCUGGCCUCGGAAACGAAGAAACUCACCUCGAUGACCGAUGACGAGCAAAUGAUUUAUUCAUACAUCGAGGCGUCUGGAAGAGAGGGUAUCUGGACGAAGACUCUCAAGGCCAAGACGAACAUGCACCAACACAUUGUCAUGAGAUGCUUGAAGCUGUUGGAGCUGCAGCGAUACAUCAAAUCGAUCAAAUCGGUCAAACAUCCUACAAGGAAGAUAUACAUGCUCUACAACCUCCAGCCCUCUAUAGAUGUGACGGGAGGACCAUGGUUCACUGAUAGUGAGCUUGACACGGAAUUCAUUGACUCAUUACUUACGGUUGUGUGGCGGUUUAUUGCAUCCAAGACGUUUCCUCUGGCGUUCCAGGAACCUCAAGCCAACGUCAACGUAUUUCUGAGCGUGUAUCCAGCUUCACAUACCGAGUUUGCUAGCCUCGAUUCUGUCAUGGAUUUCAUAAUAUCGAACAAGAUUACCAACAUCGACUUAGCUCUCAACGAUGUGCGUUCUCUCUGUGAGGUGCUCAUCUUCGAUGAUAAGAUCGAAUUGGUCAAGGAUACCGUGGAUGUUUAUAAAGCAACGUGGCAGUCUGUACUAGAGGCAGGUUACGGCAGGGCGUACAAGGAGGGAGCCGCCCUUGAUUCUCAGCAGCAGAAGUUCUUGGGGGAGCUCGAUGCCACUUCUCAAUAUAGCAUUUUUGACCACUACUCUGUGAUCAAUGCACAAGUCGAUGAGGAAGACGUGGUAUACCUUGACUCUUGGAUCAGAGUAUGA